GCCGGCGGCGGCGCCGCCAUGAAGCUGGAGGUGUUCUCGCAGCACUAUGAGGACAAGCUGAGCGCCGGCAGCGACCAGGAAGGCAGCGGCUCGCUCUCCCCGGCUCCGGCGGAGAGCGAGCUGGGCUCGGACGGUGACUGCGCGGCCAACAGCCCGGGCGGCGGGGCCGGGGGGCCGGGGCAUCCCCCGCCGCCGCCCCCCACGCCGCAGCCCCCGCCGCCGCCGCCCGCCGAGAGCGCCAAGGGGAAGCCCUACACGCGGCGCCCGAAACCGCCCUACUCCUACAUCGCGCUCAUCGCCAUGGCCAUCCGCGACUCGGCCGGCGGCCGCCUGACCCUGGCCGAGAUCAAUGACUACCUGAUGAGCCGCUUCCCCUUCUUCCGCGGCGCCUACACCGGCUGGCGCAACUCGGUGCGCCACAACCUCUCCCUCAACGACUGCUUCGUCAAGGUGCUGCGCGACCCGGCGCGGCCCUGGGGCAAGGACAACUACUGGAUGCUGAACCCCAGCAGCGAGUACACCUUCGCCGACGGCGUCUUCCGCCGCCGCCGCAAGCGCCUCAGCCGCGCCGCCCCGCCGCCGCAGCCCGCCCGCCCCGCCGCCGGCGUCCCGCCGCAAGUGCCGCAGGAGGCGGCCGGAGCGGGCGCCGCGUCCCCCGGCGCUUCCCCGCGGUGCUGCUGCGCCUCCUCGCCCUGUCACUGCGCGCCGGGAGCCAAGGACGCGGCGGCGGGGGGCGGCGGGGCGCGGCCGGCGGGCGGCGGCGCUGCCAAGUUCUCCAGCUCCUUCGCCAUCGAGAGCCUCCUGCAGCGGCCGGCAGGACCCCGCGCCGCCCCGCAGCCGCCGCCGGCCCCGCACGGCCGCCUCCUGUGGCCGGCGCCGCCCGCGCCCCCGCACCUGCUGCCCGGCCCGUUCCCGCUGCUGCCCUACCCACCUGCCGCGCAGCCCCCGCCCGCCGCCGCCCUCUACGGCGGGGGCCUCCUGCAGCUCUGCGCCUACGGGCUGGGAGAGCCCUCGCCGCCGCCGCCGCCGCUGCUGCUGGGGGGCGGGCGGCCCGCGCUGGCCCCGGGGGAGGCGGCGCCGCUGGCGGAGCGGCCGCGGGCGCCGCUGUUCCACGGCGGGAUGGCCAAGGGCGGGCGGGGGCCGCCGCCCGGCUCCCCGCUGUACGCGCCCCUCCGGCUGGCCGGGCCGCUGCCGCCGGCGGCGGGGGGCUCGGCCUCCUUCCAGCCGUACGCCGUGGAGACCCCGCUGGCUUAAUGGAGCCCCCCUCCUCCCCUGCGAGGGACCUGCCCGGGGAGGCGUGGAGGGGGAAAGGAGGAGGCUCUGGAUCCCGCACUUUAAACUCCAGAGGCGACCGCAGCCUCCAAGCAAAAGCCUCGGUGACUGUGCCUUAGUGAAAUGACAGUGGGUUUAACUUAAGCCAAAAAAAAAAAAAAAAAAAAAAAAAAGAAGGAAAAAAUAGGAAAAAAAAAAUCAAACAACUGUCGGUUUGGACAAAGCCAUGAGCCUCAAGUGCUUCUUACUGUUCGUUGAGACUACUUGACUUAAGCCAGUCCGUCGCCAUCCCGUUUGUGUGUCCCUCUCUUGUCCCCACAUCUCCCGCUCCCGAAGGCGGGGGCAGCAGGGCGGGGGUGCCCGCGGAGGGGCGCGGUGGCGGCCGCUGGG